AUGCCGCGUAAAGGAGGCAAACGCAGGAAAACUCGGACACAUGUGGUUGAAGCUCCUACAGUAGAAAAGGAUGAUACGCCCAUGAGUUUUGUCUUUAAAAUGGGUAAAGUACCAGGAGUUGUGAGCAGUUUAGUGCAAGAUAUGCGACGCGUCAUGGCUCCGUACACGGCGGACAAGCUUCGCGAGAAACGCAAGAACACGCUCAAGGACUUUGUGCACGUGGGUGCCCCUUUGGGCGUCACCCACUUUAUCUUUUUUACAAAUACGGAAGCUGGUACCAACCUCAAGAUUGCACGUAUUCCACGAGGACCAACACUGUCAUUUAAGGUGAUCAAGUACUCACUUAUGAGUCAAAUGCACUUGGUUGUACGACGUCCAGUGGAUGCUUCGCAGGCACAAAAGUCCAAGCCAUUGGUGGUGCUUAAUAAUUUUACAGCACCCGAUGACCAUAUUAAAUUGAUGAACGUGACGUUCCAAAACAUGUUUCCAGCUAUUGACGUGCAGACGGUGGCACUGUCGGAAUGUCGACGUGUGGUGCUGUUUAACUACGAGAAAGAGACGGAUACGGUCGAGUUCCGUCAGUAUAUGAUUCGUGCAGCGCCACUUGGACUUUCAAAGAGUGCAAAGACAAUUGUGAAAGCCAAGGUGCCCAACUUGAAUAAUUUGGAGGAUAUCAGUGAGUACGUCCUAGGCAAUGGUGCUGGUAUUGGCUCAGCCUCGGAUAGUGAAGUGGACGAUGAGGCAUCGCAUGUGACGCUCCCGGACUCGUUUCGUGGUCGUGGCAAUCGUAAAGCAGAGAGGAGUGCUGUGCGAUUAACGGAGAUUGGGCCGCGCCUUACACUUAGUCUGACUAAGGUCGAACGCGGCAUUUGCGAAGGUGACGUGCUGUAUCAUGCGUACAAGACCAAGACGCCAGAAGAGUCUGCAAAGGCAAAAGCAAAGCAUGAAGCGGCGGUGGCGCUCAAACGUAAACGCCGUGAAGAGCAGGAUGAGAACGUGGCUAAGAAGCAAGAGGUUAAAGAUGCCAAAAAGCAGCGCAAGGCAGAACACAAGCGCAAGCGUGAGCAGGGCGAAGAUGAUGAUGAGCACGAUGAGACUACUGCCGAUUAUGGUGGCAACGAUGACGAUUCUGAAUUGGACGACGUGGAUUACUACCGCCAAGAGGUUGGUGAGGAGCCGGACACGUACAUGUUUCCUGACAAGAAGAAGGAGACAAAGGACAAGAAACCAAAAACCACCGAGAUUAAGGCAAGAGCUGUACAGAAGCCGUCAGAGGUGGCAGCUUCAGACAAAAAACACCGCUUUUUGCGGCCUGGUGCCAAAGCACCUAAGGGCCAGAUUAUCCGUCAGCGUCAGCCGAAGAAGUAG